GGCCGGACCGGAGAUUAGCAGGCGCUUUAAGUGGAUUAGAAAGCGGCAGAGGCGAAGAGAGGAGAGGCGAGCCGAGAAGUUGGGUGUCGGAGGCAGGCGCCCGCUUUGCGAGUCGCUUUUCAGCCGGCGAGCCGGGCGCGCUCCCUCGUCCCGCUUUUUCCUUUCGGCUUGGAAGAGCCCCCGCCAUGCCCCAGACAGUGGCUCUGAACGGUCCUUCGCCCUGGGGGUUCCGCCUGGUCGGAGGGAAAGAUUUUAGCACGCCGCUGACUAUUUCCCGGAUAAAUCCAGGAAGUAAAGCUGCUCUUGCUAACCUUUGCCCAGGUGAUGUCAUUUUGUCAAUCAAUGGUGACAGCACAGAAAAUAUGACACAUUUAGAAGCACAAAACAAGAUCAAAGCUUGUCUGGAUCAACUGAUACUGUCUGUGAACAGGGCUGAAGGCAAGGUUUGGUCACCCAGUACUUUGGAAGAUGGAAAAGCACAAGCUUAUCGUGUCAGUGUAGAACCUGAACCACAGGUAUGUGAUCUUUGCACAAUUUAA